AUGCCUUGGUCUUUUGCGCUGCCCCAUGGCAUCCUCAGCAACCCCUAUCUGGCGGUUGCGACUCCAAUCACCGCAGGGACCGCCAUAGCUCUUCUGACCAAUCGGAAUCAAACUCGCGGAACCUACAAGCAGCUUCGGCAACCGCCCCUCAGUCCCCCGGGUUGGCUCUUCGGGCCGGCGUGGACCGUUCUCUAUGGCUUGAUGGGCUACGCAUCUCACCACGCCGCCACCACCGCGUCGCAAUCUCUCUCCCUGGCGGUCCGCGAUGCCAAUGCCACCGGCCAGACACUCUACACCACGCAGCUGGCUUUGAACUUCCUGUGGAUGCCCCUCUUUUUCGGACUGGGUCGCCCGGCGACCGCCCUGGGCGAUCUGGUCCUCUUGGCCGGCAACGUGGGUGCGCUCAUGGUCAAUUGGUGGACGGCCGAUCGGACCGCCUUCUGGUGCCUCGUCCCCUACGCUGCAUGGCUGGGAUACGCCGGCUAUCUCAACGCCGGGUGUGGGAUCUUGAAUGGCUGGACGGUCCCUACUGAAAAGGAGCGGUCAGAGUAA